AGCAGCAAUAGGACAGCCCAGACGGAGAGAGAUGAGUUGGGCUGAGGAGGACUGGACAGUGGGCCUGUCUGGACGGGUCCUGCAAAAGGUGAAGGAGCUGCAGGUCCAACAUGAUCGACUGUCAAGAGAGACCAAGCAGAAACAGCUGCAGCUGGACAACAUCCAGACUAACCUUGAAAAACAGACUCUAAAGUAUGACGAGGUGCGCGGGGAGCUCCACUCUGUGCAGAGGGAGCUCCAGAAUGUUCACGAGGAGGCCAAAACAGCAGUGAGCAGCAGCGAGUGCCUGGCCCAGGAGCUGCAGACCAAGCAGGCACAAGUCUGCUCUUUUGAGGGCCAGCUAGAUGCUGCCCGCACCCUCAACAACAAACUCACCCAGGAGGUCAAAAGGUUGGAGGCAGAGCUUGAGAAGCUGCAGAACAGCAGCAGGUCGGCAGAUACCACUCUGUUUUCUACUCCCUGCUGGAAUACAUCCUCACCCUGGGAACAUAAUGGGAGCAGAAAGGAAGAGGAAAAGCUGGGACAUAGAGAUGAAACGCAGAGCAAGCACAUCCGACAGCAGCUCCAGUUCUCAGAUGCGCCCACAACUUCACUGCCAAGACAACAGCACAGGAGCACACCCCAACGCCACCCGUCUGACCAAUCGGAGUCCUUCUCCACUCCCUCGGCUGUGUUUCCGUGGGAGCGGGAUGACACCAGGCCAACAAACAGGAGACAAUCCCAGACCUCUCCCAAGACGCCCAGCUCUGAUUUUAUCACUCAGGGCCAGUUGGCAGUGGGGCUUUGUGGGAAAGAGAAGGACAACAGGACAGAGAGAGACACAGUAUCUUUAUCAGAGAUAAAGAGCCGUGUGUCAUGUCUGGAGGAGGAGCUGUCUGUGAAGACCAGGACGUUGAAGUCCGUUCAGAACGACCUGGUGCAAAGCAAGAAAGACGUCACUUCCAGGGAGAUCGGCCUGCAGAAAGCUCGAGAUGAGCUCAUUCUGUCUCACACACGUGUCACCCAGGAGAGUGAACGGGCAUCAGGAGCUGAGCAAAGGCUGAAGCAGUCACAAGACGAGCUUCGUUGUCAAAGGCAAAAUGCAGAGAGCAUCCGACUGCAACACCAACAGCGCACCAAGGAGAUGGAGAAACAACAUCAGAAGGACAUGUCAGAGUUUCAGAAAGAGAGGCAGUGGCUUGAGAAGCAGCAUCAGCAGGAGGUGAAUAAGCUCAACCAGGAGCUGCAGCAGGCCAGGACGCUCCACAAUGCCCUGCAGGCGCAGAAUGACAAGCUGUCUCUACAGAAACAAGCACUGGACAAAGAGUUGGAGACUCUGAAAGAGAAACUGAAGUGGACGGAGGGACAGCUGCUGGAGAGCCAGAGAAAAGAAGCACAGACACAAGCCAAACUAACGGAAGCGUUGCGUGAGACAGAGGGUGUGGCGGUGAGUCUUGAGCAGAGCAGAAAGAGAGAGCGAGAUCUGGAGGAGGAGGGGAGGAGACUGGCAGAGGAGAGAGCCGACGCCCUUCGUCUCCUCAAAGACCUGCAGGAGCAAAAAGCUGCACCAGCACCUCCUGUUCAGUUUUGCCCAGUUGGACAGAGUUUCUCCCCUCAGCCCUCUCGAGCUCCUAAUUCUCGAACAUCAACUCACACCAAGAGGACAACUCCUACCGUACGAGCCGAACGGAAGGAGGAGGAGGAGAGCAUGGUUGAGAAAAGACCAGAGAUUUCAGCAUUUUACCCCUCUGACAGAGAGCCAGGAGAAGGCAUCGACUGUGAACACAUCACUGCCGUCAUCUCCUCAGAGUCUGAGAGUUUACAAAGGGAAGGACUCAGGAGGAAAAGUAAGGAAGAAGGGAACUUGAGGCGGAAUAAAGCAGUAGAGUGUGACAGCUCUGGAACACAGAAGCACUCCAGCUUUGAUCCUGUACUCUGUAUGCCCACCGACUCCUCUGUGGAUGUUUCUGAAAAGCUAGAGCAGGCAAAAGCCGCUGAAGACCUCCAGAGAAUUAACACCAUGCUGCGAUCAGAGAUAAAUGAUGUGCGCGAAGAACUCCAGAAAAGAUUGGACGACCUGGAAGUCCAACGAAGGGCUGAGGCAGAGGCCAGGACCCGGCUCAAAAAGCUCAGCUGCAAACAAUCCAGCCAGGCUGUGGAGAAGGAAGAGAUGGAAAAGGAAUGGAGGACUCAGCUGGAGAGUGAGAGGGCUGAGACAGAGAGGUUGAGGAAGGCCGUGGCUGCUUUGGAGACAGAGGUGAAGAGCAGAAAGGAGGAGAGUAAAAAGAACGAGAGAGAGGAGGAGAAAAACAAAGAAAUAGAAGACAGAGAGAGUGAAAUGAUAGAACUUAAUAUGCAGCUGAAGAAGCAGCUAGCGGAGGUAAAAGCCCAGCUUGCUUUAGAACGAGAGGAGAGAAAGAGAGAGGAAGAGGAGAGGAACCAAAUAAAAAACAUGGUCACAGAUGAAAAAAAGGAGCUGAGCACAAAACUUGCAGAACUUAAAGCUGAAUUGGAAGAACUGAAGCGCAGCAGAGAAGAAGAUGAGAGAGGAGGAGAGGAAAAACUAUUGAUUACCAACAGCCCGCUGAAGUACCUGACUCUCCAUGAUGAUGAGCUCAAUUCCAACAUUGUUCACUGUCACAACAAACUCCUCCCUUCUCCAGAGCAGCACCUUCUCUUCUGUCAGUCCACUAACCAACUCAACAUGCUGGUGUCUCAGGCAACAGCUGAUCUCAUGCAAGAAGAACCAACAGUGAUAGAUCCCGAACGCCUGUCUCUGUCAGAUGAGGGACCAAUGGGUCAAGUGGCCUCUGACUCAGAAGAGUAUCUGGCAGGGUCUCCACUGUUAGACCAGAGAGGAGAACUUUCUCACCUCCCGAAAUGUGGGUCUACCUCCCCAGAUAUGGAAAAAGAGGUGAACCGCUUGUACAAGGAGAAAGCAAAGGAAACGCAACGUGCUCAACAGAGCCAGGUUAAACUGGAGGUCCUACAGACCCAGGUGACACGUCAGACCCAGCAGCUGACCAUGGCCUUCGAGAAGCAGAGUCAGCACAUCUCAGGCCUUCUAGCUGAGCUACAGGAGAAGGAGGGUGCCCUCCUCAGCCAGGGAGAGGAACUGCAGCGAUAUAAGCAAGAGCUGCAAGCUUUCAAGGCUGAAAAAGAAGUUACAAAGUUGCGGAAUGACGAUCAAAGAAAAGAAAGUAGAGAUGAGUCGUCGAUGGAGAUCACAGAGCUACAACCAUACAAGAAACAGGACUGUUCUGUCAUAUCGCACACUACACAGUCACUGGCUGGUGGAGAUUCUACUACACAGAGAGAUGAAGAUCAAACUAAGACUGAUGCAGAAACACCAACACUGGAAGGGGACCGUGCAUUAAGUGAACAGCAUCCAGUUUCUGUUGACUCAGACAUGACUGAGAGUUAUCUUGAUUCUGCCUGUGUGAUGGAGGAGACUGAGAGCAGUCGAGAUGGAGGCAGAGUAGACGUGCUGUCAGAGCUGCUCGCUCUGCGACAGGAGAAUCAGUUGCUGAAACAAAGAAUAGAAGGCGUGACCAUGUCAGAGACCAGAAACCUGGCUUUACAGACAGACGGUGAAAACCAAGAAGACCCAGUCAAACAAAGCCAAUACACAGGAGAUGCUGCUCUGCCCUGCUUGACAGAGCAGAGGCCACCUACUGUGAAAGAUAACAUCACCCCUGAAGGGCAGGAGUCACUACUGCAGAAUAACGAAAACCAAACAACAUUGGAAGAAGAAGACCUGGAGGAAGCAUCUUGUCUUGAGAUCAACCUUCUGGAGCAAAAGGUGGUGGCGCUGCAGGUGAAGAUUCAGGCUCUAUCUGAGGAGACUCAGCAGCAGACCGAGGAGCUCACUCUGUGGAGACUGGCCUCACAACCAGCUCCAACUAUUGACCAAGACCUUCCCAACAAAGACAACCAGGACCAAAACUCUGCUGUCCGACAAUCCCAGUCACAGCAGCUACUGACUGAUGAGAUGACCCACAUCCCACCAGGGACCAGGAGCCAGGCUCCCACUGCUCAGGUUCAGGAGAGCAACAGUAAUGUGACAGUUAUCAGAGAGGAUGAGUUAUUCCUCUCCUGCUCCUCCAACAAACUGCCAGGCCGCAUGUUGUUCUCCAGACUGCAGCACAGCAACCUUCCUGAGCCAAAGAGUUUCCUUCAAUUUAAACAGACUGCAGCUCUUCAGGAAUACAACCAGGACCCCGACAAGGAAUCUGAGAAAGAAAACAUUGUGCAGUGGUCAGACACCAGUCCAUCACAGCACAAAGACAAGAGAGACUCUGAACUCAUCCAAAUGUCUUCAGAGAAAACUGAUCAACAAGUCACCAAAGGACCAACUAAAACCAAAACAGCAGAAUGUCCCAGGGAGAAUCCAGUGGGCAAACCAAACACUUCCAGAACAACCAGUGAAAUAAACACAACCAAUGGCUCCUCAGAGAGAUCAGUCAGCAGAGACAUGAAGAGUGUCAGCAGUCAAACAGAGGAGAGCUUGUGUCCUCAAAGCGCUCCAACAGCAUCUGAACUUCACUGUGCUUACACACAGACUGAAGAGAAGGAGGAGGAACAGGAAUUAGUUUUAGUGGAAUCCCCUCCUGCGGCUCUUAUCCCAUCAUCAGAGGGGUUAAAGUCAAGAGACAAGAUGUUGUUUUCAGGUUCCUUCCCCAUCCCGUCUGACCCGGCCCGUUUAGCAGAAAGAAUCCGCCGCAACAGGACGCAGCUGUCGGCUGCCUUUGACGACACAGAGUAUGAACCGUACGGACUGCCAGAGGUCGUCAUGAGAGGUUUUGCCGACAUCCCCAGUGGUCCCUCGUGUCCCUACAUCGUGAGAAGAGGUUUGUUGGGGACGUCUGCUGUGCCUGUCCCGCAGAAAGACCUGGGACAGGAGGAGGAGACGGAUUAAAACACAGCCACAGGUUGUCUUCAGGUCGGGUGGAAAUGAACUGAUCACGAAUCAUAAUGAUUCACUUUGAACCUCAGUGAUGAACAACGGCCUGUCUACAAGGACACUCCAGUCACCAGCAACAUGAAGCACCUCUUUCCUCAAACCAACACAGAACCAGUAUAAAAAAUGACGCAUUCACCCUGGACUUCUAAAUGAGUGUUAGCAGGUAGCAGGUCCUGCAGUGGCAGAAUGAACUCCUCCACUGUGGAUCUGAAAUAACUUAAUGGUCACUAGUUUAUCCUCUAACUGCUGUGAGGAGACAUAAUUGUCCGUCUUGCUGCAGUGACGUUACACCCGCCUGUUUAUUUAGGUGCAGAGGUGGUGAUUUAGUGAUGUUUGUUGAUUUUUCUGGAAGUUAACCACUACACAGGGACUGUUAAGUUUUUCAGUACCUCAGAAGAAGGGUACGAGUCCAGCCUCGGCCUACUUUGAACGAAACAGUGCCUCGCUGAUGCUUUUCUAAACAAGCACUUGUCAAGAUAAGUUUGACUUGUUUUUUUCCCCAAAAGGGUGAAGCCAAGAAGGGCCUCUUGUGGAAAUAUGAUAUUUUUUUCUUUUCUUUUUUGAUUCAUGAGGUGGCUUAUUUAUGAACACUUGAAUGUGUUUCAGUAGAGGAGGAAGUGUUUACAAAACUUGCGUUAAACUUAAGUGAAAACGUGUGCGACAUUAGAUGUGAAUAAAACGUGCGUGUUCUCUGGAUGUUACUGUUUGUAUACGCGCCUGUGUGUGUGUGCGGGAGAGAGAGAGAGGGCCGAGCACACGUCUAUGACUCAGUGCAGUGGUUUCCGCUCCAUGUAUGGAGAUGCACACUGGCUCUCUCUCUCUCCCCUCCUUCUGCUGCUUUGCUUCUCCUUCUAAUGAAGACUCAUUAGUCAGUAACUGUGUGAUGAACUGACCAAAAUCUAAACAUGUGUUUACUUCAGCUGGUUUCUUGAUUAUUUAUUUGACUAAUUUGAUGGAUUGCACAUUUGUUACUGCAUCAUAGACACCAGCAGCCCACAUGUAUGUAUAGUGUAGAUUUUGUAAAUGACUUUGAUUCAUGUACAGUUUCAUCAUACCUCCUACCAGAGGAUAAUCACCACUUUGCUUCGCUUCCAAGGUUUCACUUGUUAGUGAAAGGACAGGUUCACAUUAUUACAGGUUCUAUUCUUAAAGUUAUACUCACAUGCUCAUGGACACAUUGUACAGUCUACAUUCUGCCGGCUCCUGGCUGCAAAGAUCCUUUUUUAAAGCAGUCUUCAUGUGAAAGAUGGAGGACAAAAUCCACAGUCUGCGUUCUUUAUAAAAAUGCAGAAAACCCCAGUCGUCUGAUUAAGGAGAUUUGUCACAGCAAUGCUAUCGUCUGUAUGAAAUGAUUUGCUCUGGAAUUUGGUGACAAUACUGUCAGGACUAUUGUAAAUGAUUACUGCCAGUCAGUCUCAACAGCUCCCACAUAAUGAAUUGAAUUUUUUCUGCUCUGUUCUUUUGACUUUUGCCUUCAUCAUUAAAAACCAUUCUGUCCUUAAUGGUCGGGACAGUAGCUUCACGCAAUUUGUGCCAAAGACACAUUUGUCCCAUUAACUACCUGCGAACUGCUGCUCUUUCCGGAGCAGUCUUUGUACUCACAGAGGAAGUUGAAUAAAAAUACUUGGUACAACACAAAUAUAUACAAGUGAGCUACAAUGACGUGCUCCAUUUUGGACUCUGGCUCAUUGUCCUCUCAUUGGUCAGCCCUGUCAUGAUAGCUUGCUGUUGGACAUUGGUGUGACUUUGAAGCACAAAGUUAAACAUGACUCCACAGAUUGGUACAGGUACAUUUUUAUCUUAUUUACUUCUCCACUGUGAGACGUUCCACCAAUCACAGGGACUCCAAUGAAAUGUAGAAAUAAUUUAAUAUUUGUUCAGUUUUCAAAUCAAACCUCUAACCAAAGCAUGUGGUUAUCCUCCACAAAUAUUCUUUAUAUAACUUAAUCUGCUUAAGAUUCUACUGGGCAGUGUUUACUUGAGAUGUAGUGGAGCGACUGUAUCUGAAUGAUGGAAUUUCUUACUACAAAGACAACGCUAGAAUAUAGAUGCUUGAUUUGUGUAUAACUCAGACUCUUGAAGGCGUGUCCCAGCUUCAGAAAUAGGACCUGUGACUUUGUCCCCCUUUAACAACACUGACAUUGAUUUAACAAAGGUUCUCCUGCAGCCAAUUUUGAAAGUUGAACAAUAAAAACAACCUUUUAUUUUUCAAUUUACAGAUAAGCAUGUGGGUGUAGUUUUAAAUAGUAAAUGUGAACCUAUCCUUUAAAACCCUGCUGUGCUGUCUUUCAGUGUUACUUGAAAUAAUUUAGUCUUAAGGUGUGUUGACACGUGAGUGUUAAAAGUGUGGAUUGAUCUAGUUUUUUGAAUGUUUGUUUAUAUUUUAUUUUAAGGGAGAGUUGUCACUUCCUGGUCUUAUUAACUAACAACAUUGGACAGUUAUGAUUCAGUACCAUCAGUGUUCAUCUGCAAUGUUGUCACCAAUCACACACAAACACACACACACAUACACACACACACUCCCUCCCUUCCAGCUGCCUUCAUAUCUCUGAGAUCUGUAGUGCUUUGGCAGUGCGGUGAGGGGGGGGCUGAGCAGGGAGGUUCAUUGUGUAUCUUGUUGCCUUGUUUUGGACUCUUUGAUGUGAAUGUAUCUGUGUUGUGUUUUUGACUAGAAUAAAAGGCUUGAAUUGAA